AUGAAGAAACUCCUUCUCCCUCCUCUGCCUCUUUACCUCCUUCCCCUGUUUUUGCAAAUCGCCACCCUACUCUCUGCACCUAUCUACACUCCGGUCGACGACAUCACCAUCAACUGUGGGUCUUCCGGAACCUCAUUAAACAUGGAUGACAACCGGAAUUGGACUGGAGAUAUCUACUCAAAACUCUCACCCUCUGAGUUUAACCAAGCUAACACCAACACCUCCUCCCAAGUCAGAGAAGCCCCUCCCUCCUCCUCUGUUAGCCAAGUGCCUUACACCAUGGCUCGGCUUUCUCGCUCCGAAUUUACUUACAAAGUUCCCCUCUCCACCGGGCAGAAGUUUAUUCGCUUCUACUUCCGCCCAGUUUCAUAUGCCCCCGACUUUAACCGGUCCAAAGCCCUCUUCUCUGUCCAAGCAGGUGGCUUUACCCUUCUCCAUGAUUUCAAUGCUUCUGUAACUGCUGAUGCUGGUGAGGCUGAGACUCUAAUAAGAGAGUUCUGUUUGAACAUUGAUGAAGGACAGAGCUUGACCAUCACGUUCACUCCGAGCAGAGCAAUUCCAGAUGCUUAUGCCUUUAUCAAUGGGAUUGAGAUUGUGUCCAUGCCUACCAAUCUUUACUACACUCCUGAAAACCGAUAUGGGGCUGAUUUUGUAGGCAACGGAAACAAUUAUCUUAUUGAAAACAGCACGGCGAUGGAGACGGUGUACCGAAUAAACGUGGGCGGAAGCGGACUCUCAUUCGACCAAGACACUGGGAUGUACCGCAAUUGGGAUAGUGUGGUAGAAGAGCAAAAAUACUUGGAUGAGUUGAGUUCCAGGUGGACUGUUCUUCCACAAAACGUUAGCAUUAAACCCAACUUUGUGAAAAUACCAGAGUACUCUGCUCCAGACGCAGUUUACCAAACUGGCCGGUCCAUGGGCAAGAACCACACCCAAAACAAGAGCUACAACCUGACCUGGGAAUUUCCCGUAGAUCCUAAGUUUUUUUACCUGCUCAGGCUUCAUUUCUGUGAGUUUGAGCCUGAAAUUAUCGACACCGGGGAUCGAUCGUUUAUAAUCUACAUAGCGAAUCAAACUGCUGAGCCACAAGCCGACAUAAUCGUGUGGAGUGGUGGAAAUGGGAGACCAAUCUACAGGGAUUACGUCGUGUUCAUGCCGGCAGGCCCUGAUCAGAAGAAAGUUAAGCUCUUUCUUGCACUGCAAGCAAACCCAAGAAAUUGGGGGACUGGAUACAAUGAUGUACUCUUGAACGGCCUUGAACUCUUCAAACUCAGUGAUACAAAUGGAAAUCUCGCCGGACCAAACCCCGACCCACCUCCACCAAAGCCGAUGCAGCCGAAAACCCCCUCAAAACAGUCGAAGAAGAAGUCAACUCCUAUGCUUGCCAUCGUUGCUGGUGCAGUUUCCGCCAUACUUGUAUUAUUCUGUGUCCUCGGAUUCUUUGUUUUCAGUCGAAGAAGAAGAGACAAGGAUACCGAUGAUGAUCCAUUUGUACCUUCCGGUUUGUGUCGUGAGUUUUCAUUGUCGGAGAUCAAAGCCGCCACCAGAAACUUCAACGAGGGUUCUAUUAUCGGUGUUGGUGGGUUCGGCCACGUGUACAAAGGGAGCAUCGAUCAGGGCACCCUUGUUGCGAUCAAACGGCUUAAACCCGAGUCGCAACAAGGGGUCCCGGAGUUUAGGGCGGAGAUCUAUAUGCUCUCCCAACUCCGCCACCAACUCUCUGUAAAGAUAGAAGGGGGUAUUUGUAUUGGCGCAGCGCGUGGUUUGCAUUACCUUCACACUGGUGGUACGGAAGGCACCAUCAUCCACCGUGAUGUAAAAAGCACGAACAUUUUAUUGGACGAGAAAUGGGUGGCCAAAGUUUCGGAUUUCGGGUUGUCGAAAAUGAGCUCGAUAACCAUGUCGAAGACCCACAUUACCACGGCAGUGAAGGGUAGUUAUGGGUAUUUGGACCCAGAAUACAUGCUUCGAAAUCAAUUGACUGAGAAGUCGGAUGUGUACUCAUUCGGCGUCGUGUUGUGUGAGGUGUUGUGUGCAAGGCCCGCCUUGAUGCGUACAGUGGAGAAGAAGGAAAUGAGUUUGGCUAUCUGGUUCAAGGCCUGCCAUCAGAAUGGGGAACUUGAUCAAAUCAUCGAUCCAAGCUUGAAGGGUAAAAUUGAAGACGAAUGCUUCAAAGUGUUUGUUGAGAUUGCGCUGAGUUGUAUGCAUGAGAAUGGGAGACAACGUCCGUCGAUGAACAACGUGGUGGAGGGGCUUGUGCAAGCAUUAAAACUUCAGCAGAGCGGAGAUAAAAUGGACGAGGAUGAUGAAACCAAGGGUGAAUCGAAGGAGGCUGUAAUUAUGAACGAGAGCGAUGGAGGUUUUAGUUCCAGCUGGACAGAGUCGUCGGAUUCGAAGAACAGUAGUAGGGUGACCAACACCAGUAGUGACCAAAGUUGUUCGACCACCAACAAUUCCAUUAAAGGAAUGUCCGGGACAGUUUUUUCCGAGAUCAAAGAUCCUAGUGGAAGAUGA